AUGGUUGAGAGAGUUCACGUGGACGAGGGCAGCGCGACCAACAUCGUGCAACUGUCAGUUGUCCGACAGAUGAUAUUGGAGCCCAAAAUCAACAAGCUUGCCAGAUCACUGACUGGCUUGAAUGGGGCAACCUCGAUCACUGUGAAUAUAGUAGACCUUGACAUCUACUUGCCACCGAUAGUCUGCUCGCAAGCCUUCAUGGUUAUCGACGAGGUCCCCCCCACCAACGGAAUCUUGGGUCAACCAUGGAUCGGUAAGAUUGAUAAUCGCAUCCGCUACACACCAGAAGAUUCUCUACCCUAUUAG